GCAUCGCGCACCCACCUUCUCGUUCCCAGAUCUCUUCCCCCCUCGCGCAUCUCGCCGCCCAACCUCCACCGGCGAGGUGCGCACGGCGCCGAGGACCUCGCCGCCGCCGCCGAAGAGAUGUAUAUGGCGUAUGGCUGGCCGCAGUCGAUCCCGCUCGAUCCGGGGGACUCCGACCGCGUGGUCCUCCUCCGCGUCCUCGGCCGCUUCCUCCUCGCCGUCUGCCCUGCCUCCCUCCACCUCUGGUCCGCGGCGCACCACAGGGCCCGCCUCGCCCGCCUCGACCGCUCCCCCGAGUCCCUCGCCGCCCACGGCGAGAACGCGCACGCCGUGUGGAGCCCCGACGCGAAGACCGUCGCCGUCCUGACCUCUUCCUUCUACCUGCACGUAUACAAGCUGCAGUUCUCGGGGAAGUCGCUGAUCAUCGGAGGCAAACCACAACCGGGGCUUUGCCUCGCCUCUAUAUCGCUAAUAAUCGUCGAGAAGGUUCCUCUCGCCAAUGGCGUUUCUAUAACGAGCAAUUUCGUAUGCGACAGCAAGAGUAUGCUUCUUGGACUGUCCAAUGGGCACUUGCAGGUUAUAUCCUGGAAUGCUGAGUUCUCGGACAGCUUCAAGCUUGGCUGCUCCGCAUGUUCAUCCAACAGAACUCCCACUGUCAGAGAUGCUUUGGUGUUUGAUCCGUCUAGUUUGCGAGAAAAUUCUAAUACAAGUCCUGCACCCUGCUGCACAGGGAAUUCUGCCAUCAUCCACGUUGAGUUGUCAGUGAAGCUAAGGUUGCUGGUUGCUUUGUACUCAGGCUGUCAUAUUGGACUUUGUACCAUUGGUAAGAAGGGAUUAAAACAAACCAGCAGCAUCAGAGUAGAGAGAUGGUUGAACACUGAUGACGCGAUGUGCACUUCUGUGGCUUCUGAUCAGCAGAUUCUUGCUGUUGGGUGUAGUAGAGGUGUUGUUGAAUUAUAUGACCUGGCUGAAAAUGCAAGGCAUAUACGCACAAUUUCUUUGUAUGAUUGGGGGUAUUCAGUGGAAGAUACUGGUCCUGUUACUUGUAUAUCUUGGACGCCUGACAAUUGUGCUUUUGCAGUUGGAUGGAAAUUUAGAGGACUUACUGUGUGGUCUGUAUCUGGAUGUCGUUUGAUGUGCACAAUUCGUCAAACUGGAUCAAAUUCUGCAUCAUCUCCAAUGGUUAAACCUAGUGCUUUAAAAUUUGAGCCUCUAAUGGGAGGGACAUCACACAUUCAGUGGGAUGAUUAUGGAUACAAACUAUUUGCAGUUGAAGAAAGCUUGUCAGAAAGGGUUCUUGCAUUCUCAUUUGCCAAAUGUUGCCUAAACAGAGGACUUUCAGGCACAACAUAUACUCGCCAGAUUCUUUAUGGUGAAGAUCGAAUCCUGUUGGUGCAACCAGAUGAUACUGAUGAACUUAAGAUGUUGCAUCUUAAUGUUCCAGCAUCCUAUAUUUCACAGAACUGGCCAGUUCUGCAUGUUGUUGCCAGCCAUGAUGGUAUGUACUUGGCAGUUGCAGGCUCUCAUGGGCUGGUGCUGUAUGAUUUGCGCAAUAAAAGGUGGCGUGUUUUUGGGGAUGUUACUCAAGAACAAAAGAUUCAAUGCAAAGGCUUGUUGUGGCUUGGCAAAAUAGUUAUUGUAUGCAACUACAUGGAAUCAUCAAACACGUAUGAGCUUCUCUUUUUCCCAAGAUAUCACCUUGAUUAUAGCUCAUUACUUUACCGGAAACCACUUCUUGGUCGACCAAUUGUCAUGGAUGUCCUCCAGGACCACAUACUUGUUACCUACAGUCCGUUUGAUGUGCAUAUCUUCCAUGUGGCGAUAUCAGGCGAAUUGUCACCUGCUAGUAGUCCAGUUUUACAGCUUUCAACAGUCCGAGAACUUUCAAUCAUGAGUCCAAAGAGUCCACCUGUUUCAAUGCGUUUCAUUCCUGAACCAACUGAUGAUGGAAAGCUGAAACAUGAUACUAAUGGGUCUUCUGACUUGUCCCAACAACCUUCAAGAUGCCUAAUUUUGCGGAUGAAUGGGGAACUAUCUGUAUUGGACAUGGAUGAUGGACAUGAACAAGCACUCACAAAUUCAGUUGAACUAUUUUGGGUCACUUGUUCCCAAUAUGAAGAGAAGGGUAAUCUUAUCAAAGAGGUUUCAUGGCUUGACUAUGGCCAUAAGGGGAUGCAGGUGUGGUACCCAUCACAGGGAGAAAAUCCUUUUAAACAAGAAGAUUUCUUGCAGCUGGAUCCAGAGCUUGAGUUUGACCGUGAGGUGUAUCCUCUUGGUCUUCUUCCAAAUGUUGGUGUAGUUGUUGGUAUUUCUCAGAGAAUCUCCUUCUCGACCGCAGAGUUUCCAUGCUUUGAACCUUCACCUCAAGCCCAAACAAUAUUGCAUUGUUUGUUGCGGCAUCUCCUUCAGAGAGACAAACAUGAAGAAGCUCUGCGUUUGGCAAACUUGUCUGCAGAAAAACCUCACUUCUCUCGCUGUUUAGAAUGGCUCCUGUUUACAGUAUUUGAUGCAGAGAUAUCAAGCCAAAGUGCUUCAAAAAACCAGCUUUCACAGAAAAACGAACCCGCAAAGAAGUCUCUUCUAGACAAGACAUGUGACCUACUUCGAAACUUUCCAGAAUACAUGGAUGUUGUGGUCAGUGUUGCUAGGAAAACUGAUGGUCGGCACUGGGCAGAUCUUUUCCAUGCAGCUGGGCGAUCCACAGAGAUGUUUGAGGAAUGCUUUCAACGGCGAUGGUAUAGGACUGCUGCUUGCUACAUUCUGGUCAUUGCGAAGUUGGAAGGCCCUGCUGUCAGUCAGUAUUGUGCACUCCGUCUGCUACAAGCUACACUUGAUGAAUCUCUGUACGAGCUUGCUGGGGAGCUGGUUCGCUUCUUGCUAAGAUCUGGCAGAGACUUUGAAAAUGCCACUACAGACUCUGAAUCUCCAAGGUUUCUGAGCUACUUUCUAAUCCGUUCACCAUUCAAGAGACAAUCUUCCGAUUUAAAAAGUAACUCAAUGAAAGAGCUCAGCCCACAUAUUGCAUCUGUCAUGAAUAUUCUGGAGAACCAUGCUAGCUAUUUGAUGUCUGGCAAGGAGCUUUCUAAGCUUGUUGCUUUUGUCAAAGGAACUCAGUUUGAUCUUGUGGAAUAUCUUCAGCGAGAAAGGCUAGGGUCUGCUCGACUGGAGAAUUUCGCAUCUGCACUUGAACUGAUUGGACAAAAGCUUCAAAUGGACACUCUUCAAAGUCGGCUUGAUGCUGAGUUCCUUCUUGCUCACAUGUGUUCUGUCAAGUUUAAGGAAUGGAUUGUUGUGCUAGCAACUUUAUUGAGACGUGCUGAGGUUUUGGUGGACCUAUUUCGACAUGAUUUGAGACUGUGGAAAGCAUAUAGCAUCACUUUACAGUCACAUGAUGUGUUCAGAGAGUACCUUGAUCUUCUUAACACUUUGGAGGAGGAGCUUUCAUCUGUUGCUGAUCUUACAUUGCAAAAUGGACCAAUGUCAUGAGUGCUGAAGGGCACUGGGAAAUCAAUCGGAUGGACAACUGUUUAACCUGUGUUAAUUUAACACAUACAGUAGAUGGAGAGGUGCAGGAAUACAAUGUAAAUAGCAUUAUUUGGGGGAAUUUUUUUCCUGAGAGCAACAUCUUGGAGGCUAUGGCAGUUUUUUGUGCAGGGAGUCAGCUACUUGCCAUAUUACUGUACCAUUAGUUUGUUGAAGCAGAUUGGAGUGUGCAAUCUUCCCCUUUCUGGGGAAUUGUUUUGCUCGAGGAGGUUCUCUUUCCUCGGCCCUCUUGACAGGUUAGUACUUCAUAGUUCAUACCCUGGAGGGGUAAGUUUAAUCAUACAAAAUGUGAAGUAUUCUGCAAUAUUAGGAAAUUUAUUUUUGUGCAACAGUGACAUCAGAGGUAACACGUAUAUUUUAUAGCAAUAUCGUGUACAUUUUUGCAUCGACGCACACUUUUCUUUCUUUGGUAAAGGCUCCUACAAAGUACAAACAUACUACUACCUUGAUCCCAAAAUAAAAGUAUUUCUAGGUUAUUUAGCAUAGAUUAAAGUUGAAAUGAAAAAACAAUGGUGCCCCUUAAUAAACGAGGAAUUGAUGGAGGUAGGAGUGUAGGUGGGGUUAAAAUGUGAAGAAUAUUAAAUAAGAAGUGAUCGAUGUAACAAGUAGUAAUAUGAAUAGUGCUCGAAAUGUUUACAUUUUGAUACAAUAUUUAAAUCCUUGAAAUAACAGAUUGAAUAUAAAUUUACAAGAUGCCCCUUAGGGUAUCAGAAAUUCAAAAUGACAC